GUGUGUGUGUGUGUGUGUGUGUGUGUGUGUGUCGCUGUCUGCAGAGGAGGAGGAUGAGGAGCUGAAGGUCACAGCUGGAGGAACAUCAUCAUCAUCGAUAUUCAUUUCAGGCUGAUUAUCGAUUCACUGAUCGGACUCAUUCACAGCUGCACGAGGAACAGACGCGCGACGUGAGACAGGAGGACGGAGCGACAGACAGAUCAGCUGCUGCAUCUCUGUCUGUCUCUCCAUCACCAGCCUCCACCUGUCUGUCGGUCUGUCUGUCUGUCUGUCCACCUGUCUCUCCGUCAUGGGGAACCGGGGCAUGGAGGAGCUCAUCCCGCUGGUGAACCAGCUGCAGGACGCCUUCUCCUCCAUCGGCCACAACUCGAGCCUCGACCUGCCGCAGAUCGCGGUGGUGGGCGGGCAGAGCGCCGGCAAGAGCUCGGUGCUGGAGAACUUCGUGGGCAAAGACUUCCUCCCCCGAGGGUCCGGUAUCGUGACCCGACGCCCCCUGGUGCUGCAGCUCAUCAACUGUCCCACAGAGUUUGCAGAGUUCCUCCACUGCAAAGGGAAGAAGUUCACCGACUUUGAUGAAGUUCGUCAGGAGAUCGAAGCUGAAACGGAUCGAGUGACGGGACAGAACAAAGGAAUCAGUCCGGUCCCCAUCAACCUGAGAGUCUACUCCCCUCAUGUGUUGAACUUGACCCUGGUGGAUCUUCCCGGGAUGACGAAGGUCCCGGUGGGCGACCAACCGGCCGACAUCGAGCACCAGAUCAGAGAAAUGCUGAUGCAGUUUGUCACCAAGGACAACUGCCUCCUAUUGGCUGUUUCUCCUGCCAACUCUGACCUCGCCAACUCUGACGCUCUGAAGAUCGCCAAGGAGGUCGACCCGCAGGGUCUGAGGACCAUUGGUGUGAUCACCAAACUGGAUUUGAUGGAUGAAGGAACCGAUGCCAGAGACAUUCUGGAGAACAAAUUGCUGCCACUCCGCAGAGGUUACAUCGGGGUGGUGAAUCGCAGUCAGAAGGACAUCGACGGGAGGAAAGAUAUCACUGCAGCACUUCAGGCUGAGAGGAAAUUCUUCCUGUCUCACCCGUCGUAUCGACACCUGGCCGACCACAUGGGCACCGCCUUCCUCCAGAAAAUUCUUAACCAGCAACUGACCAACCACAUCCGGGACACGUUGCCGGGGUUACGCAGCAAACUGCAGAGCCAGCUGUUGUCCAUCGAGAAGGAGGUGGCGGAGUACAAGAACUUCAGACUGGACGACCCGAGCCGCAAGACCAAGGCCCUGCUGCAGAUGGUGCAGCAGUUUGCUGUGGACUUUGAGAAGCGGAUCGAAGGAUCAGGUGAUCAGGUCGACACGUACGAACUGUCAGGAGGAGCAAAGAUCAACCGGAUCUUCCAUGAACGUUUCCCCUUCGAACUGGUCAAGUUGGAGGGUGAUGAGAAGACUCUUCGUAAAGAGAUCAGUUACGCCAUCAAGAACAUCCACGGAAUUAGGACGGGCCUGUUCACACCUGACAUGGCGUUUGAGACGAUCGUGAAGCGUCAGAUCGCUCAGAUCAAAGAACCGUGUCAGAAAUGUGUUGACAUGGUGAUUAAUGAGCUGGUGAACACCGUGAGGCAGUGUACACAGAAGCUGGCUCAGUAUCCGAUGCUCAGAGAGGAGAUGGAGAGAAUCGUCACUCAGCACAUCAGAGACAGAGAGAGUCGCACCAAAGAGCAGGUGAUGCUGCUCAUCGACAUCGAGUUGGCCUACAUGAACACAAACCACGAAGACUUCAUCGGCUUUGCAAAUGCUCAGCAGAAGAGCAGCCAGACGAACAAGAAGAAAGCUGCAGGGAACCAGGACGAGAUCAUGGUGAUCCGUAAAGGUUGGCUCACCAUCAACAACAUCAGCAUUAUGAAGGGCGGAGCUAAAGAGUACUGGUUCGUCCUGACGGCCGAGACACUCUCGUGGUACAAAGACGACGAGGAGAAGGAGAAGAAGUACAUGCUGCCUGUCGACAACCUGAAACUGAAAGACAUUGAGAAAAGCUUCAUGUCCAGUAAACACAUCUUUGCUCUGUUCAACAAUGAACACAGGAACGUGUAUAAAGACUCUCGUCAGCUGGAGCUGGCCAGUGAGUCUCAGGAGGAGGUGGACAGCUGGAAAGCUUCGUUCCUACGAGCCGGAGUGUACCCUGAACGCAUCGUGGACAGAGACAAGUUGGAGGUGGAGGAGUCGGGUGGGGGCGACGGGCAGAUUCACAGUCUGGACCCUCAGUUGGAGCGACAGGUGGAAAUCGUCAGGAACCUGGUGGACUCGUACCUGUCAAUCAUCCACCGGACGGUCAGAGACCUGAUCCCCAAGACUCUGAUGCUACUGAUGGUCAACAACACGAAGGAGUUCAUCCACGCUGAUCUACUCGCUCACCUGUACUCGUGUGGAGACCAGAACUCUCUGAUGGAGGAGUCGGAGGAGCAGGCUCAACACCGUGACGACAUGUUGAGGAUGUACCAUGCUCUACGUGAAGGCCUCAACAUCAUCGGUGACAUCAGCACCACCACCAUCACCACGGCGAUGCCGCCGCCGGUCGACGACUCCUGGCUGCAGGUGACGGGGAUGCCGUCGGGACGCAGGUCUCCCAUGUCCAGCCCCACCCCCCAGCGCCGGGCUCCCCCCGGACCUCCUCGUCCAGGGGGGCGGGCGGCCCCCGGGGCCCCGUCACGUCCUGCCGUCUCGCCCGACCCCGGACCUCUGCACUCGCUCCCCUCUCGGCCCAGCAGAGCGCCCCCACCUGGAGUCCCCAGUCGUACGAGUAAAGGAAGCCCUGCCCACGGAGAGAGCCCCCAGUCCUCGAUCGAAGACCAGAAAACAACUGUUGCCACUGGUGGAACCGGUUCAAGAUUAGGCCCCGACUCCGAACCGGCCCUUGCAAUGCAUAGGUGGGAUAAUUGGGGUAACUUGUUUACUCUGGUUCCAACUGGUUCUCACUGGUUCCAACUGGUUCCAACUGGUUCCAACUGGUUCCCACUGGUCCCCACUGGUUCCCACUGGUUCCAACUGGUUCCAACUGGUUCCAACUGGUUCCCACUGGUCCCCACUGGUUCCCACUGGUUCCCACUUGUUCCCCUGGCUCCAACUGGUUCCCACUGGCUGGUUUGAACCAAAAACGACUGAUAUUUACACUGAAUGUCAGAAAGUUUUACAGUUUGUGGUCGUUUCCAUUUGAAGAAUUCUAAGAGAAUAAACGUAACUUAUUCUGUGUGUAAUCUGAUACAAUCACAGGAUAAUCUCCGUUUUGGUUUGAGGAAUGAAUUCAGGAGAUGUUUUUAUAUGUUCUGACGGAUCUAUUUAUUCUGUGUCACUCGUGAUGUCGUAGAGUUAAUGGAGCUCUGAGCUGCGUUCAACACGACACAUGUUCGUAGCAGUGACGUGUCUUCGUGUUCGGCUCCGUCUGUAAAAGUCGUCGUAUGAUUUUGAACGUGAUGUUUGAUGAGUAAAGUGUUGCACAGGGUGUAGAACGCAGCUCCGCCUCAUGUAGGAUGUUUCACUCUGUACGGUUUUAAUAUCAAUGUGUGGAGACAAUAAAUGUCCAUGUAUGUGUGAGGGGAAAAUAUAGAAUUACAUUAAACAUAUGCAGCAGCCCAGACUGUGUGUGUCACAGUGUGUGAAUGUGUAGCUGUGUUGUGUAUCGAAGUGUCAUGUGAUCAACAGACAAUAAAGUUUGUGUGAAUUAA